CCUCUCCUGGGCUGUGGGCUGCAACUCAGAUAAACAGCAACUCAGAUAAUAGUGCCGCUUGUUCUCAGGUGUUUUCUCCCAAGGAAAUGGACUCCUCCCCAGGGCCUGGGAUGCCUUUGCCCAAAUACUGCAGCGUGGCCACAACCCUGAAGGCCCCUGCCUGGGCCGGCACUGCUCCUCCCUGGGAACCCUCCUUCGUCUGCCCUCUCACCUCCCAAGCACCCUGGCUCACCCGGCAGAGGCCUCUCACCAGAUAUGCAUCUUAUGACCCGUGUCUCCACAUUGCUGACCCAGCAUGGCAGGGGCCUGGCUGGCUGAGAAGAGGUGGAGAUGCUGUGGACGCAUGGGUCCUGGCAAGAAGGGAAGCAGAUGGCUUUUAUUACAGGGCUCAGAUAAAGGCUGCUCCCGAGCUGGAGAGGCAGGGGUUCCUGCUGGUGGAAUUUGAGGCUCCCCUUGUCACAUGCCCAGGGCUGCCAGCCCAGCGGCAGAGCGUGGUCUUGGAGGAAGAUGUCAUUCAGUUCUCACCAUCCGUGGAAUACUCACUGCGCCUUGGGGACAAGGUGCUGGCACUCUGGGGACCAGACCAACAGUGCUAUGGCCCCGGCACCAUUCCUUUGGGCUUGGAGGCAAGAGACCCCCAGAGAGCAUCCAAAGAAGAAGAAAUUACUGUUCACUUCUGGAAUGGCAGGACAGCUCCUGUGCCUCUUGGAGGGGUCAGGUGGGUGCCCCCAGCUGUCUGGAAGAAGGCUGUGGACAGGCUGCACAAGGCUUUCACCACGGAGCACCCCAGGCCCCUCCUCUGGGCCCCUUGCUGCUCUCUGGUGGGGCCGGUCGCUGGAUGUGUCACCGGCGGGCUUCCUCUGAGCGCUCCAUUCCUGUGCCCUCCCUGCCACCCGCAUGCCUGCUGCCAGCUGCUGGGCCAGGGCUGCCUCUGCUGCCGCCCCUUGGCUGGACCCACCUGGUGGCCUCUAACCAGAACCUCAGGGGUCACAGCCAGAGAGCAUCCAGAGACGGAGCUGAAGCCCACGGCACAGCUUUUGCCCCUUGAGGGUCCUAAGGAGGAAGAAGUAGCAGUGCAGGCUCCCAUGGCUGUUUCUUCCUCCUCUACCUCCUCUUCUUCUGAAGAGGAGGAUCUGGAGAAUGAGCUGAAGAUGGGCCUUCCCCAGAGGCUGCUGGUGGACAGCACAGGCAACACGGCCCCCAUCCUUCUUGAGGAGUCUCCAAGGAGGCAGGGUGGCCUCUGCCAGCCGGAAUGGAGGUACUGGAGGAGAAACGGGUCCGAGCCGCAUCCCAGGAAGCCAGGAACAAGACUUUGCAACAUCGGGAAAGAAGAGAAGGGCAACAAACAACAGAAAGUGAAAACUGCAGCAGCGGGGAGUCCCAGGGAGCUGGUCCUGGAAGCCACUGGCAUGAAGCCACUACAGAUCUUGCCAGAGGAAGCUGAACACAAAAAACUGAGUCGGGGUACUGCGGCACAUCAGGAGACCAGAAUUCCCCCUAAACGAAAAGCCCCAAGGAUCUAGGAAGCUAAAGAGUAGAUACCUGAGGAGGAGUUAGUUACAAAGUGGCUGACACAAGGCCUUCUUCUACGGAAAUGGUACAGUGCAGGCCACAGGUGAUAGUCCAAUAAGCAGCAGCAUCUUCACCCCAGGAAGACAUCCCUGCAGAUAAGUGGCAGGAAGGCACCUGUCCUAAGGGGCACAGGAGUGUGGCGGCCCUGGCGAGGGCUCCCUUCCAGGGGCCUGGUGCGAUCUGCUUGAGGAUGCCUCUUCCACAGAAGCUACAGAACAUGGUUGGCCUGCUUUGGGCAAAUGUGUCCACAGCCUCUCUGCCAUCUUUUCAUGAAGCCUCAGUUGUA